GCCUCCCAGUUCUUGCCUAUUUUGGAAGAGAGCCGCAGCCCUUCUGCUGAUGCGCGCGCGCUGGCGCCUUUUAAAGGCAACCGGCGGAGUGGCGGCUCUGCUAGAGGCCGGGAGCUGCCCCCGCCCCCGAGCCGCGAGCCCGGCGCGGAGCCUGGGCCCGGGAAGCCCCCCGUGCCAUAUACCCCACCCCCAUUUUAGCGCCCUCCACUCACUUUAGGGAAAUUUCAACCAUGAGAAAGGAGGUCCUGCCCUUGCCCCUCGUCCCCCUCCUCCUCCCUCCAACAGGGGAGAUUCUUCUUCCAUAGGAGCCUUGGAAGGAAACAAGAUGCCAGGCCUAGCGCGUUUGGGAAUCCUCUCUGGACAAGGCCACAGAGUGAAAACAUCAGGUGAGAACUUCACUGCCCGCGGGGCUACCCCGGGUCUCUGGAGACCCGUGCCCCCCUCCAGCUUCCUGCCUUAGCCUUUUUGUCCCGGGCUUAGCCUGAGGUUGGUUUAAGAUCUUAGCUGGAAGGCCCCUGAUCAGUUUCUCUAGAACACCCAUUAAACUGAAAGGGAAACUGAGGCCCAGAGAAGAGUAGUGACUUAACCAGGGUCACAUGGCAUGUUCCUGGAGAGCGAUGAGCCGGAGCCCAAUGGUGUAGGCUUCCGAGCCAGAGGUCAAUCCUGUGUUCCUUAACCUUGAGAAUAGCUGGCACAGUGUGUCAGCCUCUGGCCCUUGCCCUGGUACCCAACAGCGGAGCCAGACAUCUCCUCUUCCAGCAUGGCACCUGCUUCUUCUUCCCCAGGACAGUCCAGACCUAGAUGGGCUUUCCGGACCGUUAAUCACUCUAGACAAGCUUCUGGAUCCCAUGGACUCAAUGGCCAACCAACUAGGUUGCUACUUGCAAACGUCUGCUUCCAUCGAAGGCUUCCUACAGGUCACCAGCUCUCUGGAAUUUUCUGGGACCAAACCUUUUCCAGACUGCUUACAAGCACCAGCUAGUUUCUGGAUGGACGUAUGGCUUGCAGGUUCUGGCAGAGCUCCCCAGAGCCAUGUGGACCCAGCUUUUUGGAUUCCCCUGCCCAGUCCUAAUGAUGCCUGCACUCUCCCUGUAACAAUCACAAGGGUGUCUGACCAGAACUCACUGAAGACUUCUGUGAAGUACUUGACCAUGCCCAAGGUGAUGUAUAGAUUCCUGACGUCUCUGGGCCCCUACUCUGGAGCAGGGCUGGGGACCCAAAGGUGGAUCCAACCCAGCCUGGCUGUGAGCACCAAGCCUGGCAAAGGAGAGAGGUUCCUGCUCUGGAGACGUUAGCCCUGGAAUCUUGAAUGGCUCUUCCUAGGGGUAUCCAUUGCCAGAGCCAAGCCUUUAAAUGAACACAAGUGGAGACUGAGGCAUCCCUCCAGGAGACAUUAUUUGCCAAGCUCACACAGCAAGUCAGUGCAUUGUUGAGACUGGUUCCCAGAACACCACCUCCUGGCCUGGGCUCUUUCUCUGCCUCUUGGUCCCAGAGGCCAGCCUUUACAAGGCACACAAAGGUCACUGCACUGUGAGCCAGGAACCUGGUUCAGGGUCCACUUCUACUAAACGAUGGCUGUGUCACUUGGAUCACUCAAUUCUCUGUACUAGGUCUCAGUCACCCAAGGCGGAUGACUAAGGGGCCCCCCACUCCAACUGUGAGUCUGGGAUUCUCUGAAAUGUGGUAUUUUUCCAGGCUGUGGAGUCCCUCUAUGGCAGUCUGUGGGACACUGCCGGGGUGUUUUCCUCCAGGCUCAAGCUAAGGAGGAGUAUAAAGAGACAGUACUUGCUUCAGCCGCGGGCUGUGCAGACCUCUCCGAGGAUGACCUGGGGUCUGUCUUACACACCUUGGAGCCCUGCGGAUCUCUCCAAUGGUAAGUCCCCUCAUGCACUUGGCACAGAACUGUGAGAAUGGCCUCUGAUGGUGCUUGCUUCCAUCAGUGUUCACACAGGCCAGGUCUCCAAGGCCCAAGGUGGCCCUGCUUGUCCAGGGCUAAGGACUUCAUCCUCCGGGAGACUUCAAGCCCACCCAGAACCUAGUACUAGGCACGUGGGCUCUUCCUACCUCACACUGGGCCUCAGAGAGGCAACAUUCAACCUCCAAAGCCUGAGAGGCACUGGCCAGCUGGGUCCUGGACCCAGAGAUGCUCAAAAUGCCAGAGAGGGGAGGUCCCUUCCAGGCCAAGUGGUCCAACCCACUACCACUGACAUUUUGCAAUCAGGGAAACUGAGCCCAGAGAGGGGAAGGAGCUUGCAUAACACCCAAGUAGGCUGGUGGCAGGGUUACAACCAGAAUCUUUGUCUCCUGCCCAGGGCUCUCCCCUGCAUCAAACACAAUCCACUGAGAUCUAGGCUGAGCCCACCUCCAAUCCUCCAGAACCUUGACAAUCCUUGACAGAAGGCUCCUUCAGCUCAUCCCCUGUCUAUUCUAGGUGAUUCGAGAGAUUUCCCUUCAGCUGGAUGGCCCUUUAUCCUAAAGCUUCCUGGUGUUCCCUCCCCAUCUGCUCAGGGUUAAUCUUUUCCUGCUUCCAGGAUCUGCUCCAUCAACAGGCCAUAACUGCCGCUCCUGUUUUCUUGCUGUGGUCCAACCAACUCCUUGCAGCUCUAGCAUUUCCAAGGAUGGGGAGUCUCUGGUUGCUCCUAGGGUUUCCCUUCUGUCACUGGCCAGUCCCAGGUCUACUGCUUUCCCAUGACCACCUCAGCCUUGAACCCCAUCAGUCUCUCCUGGGAUGCUGCGGACCAUUCCUUGCAGACUCCCUCUCUGCUGGACCCAGGGCCAGUGGGAAUGAUAAGAGCUCACGUGUGGGGUUGCCAUGAAGUUUUAGUGAGUUAAUGCCCGCAUUAGGUAUAUAAGGUGCAUCUGUGAACUCUCAUGUUGCAAGGUAUGUUCAGGUGCUAAGAAGGAGAUCCUUGAAGCUAGCGCCUAUGGUGGUCUAGGCACCUGGGGGCAGAAGAGGGAAGGUGGCCGGGAGGAAUCUGGGGUAGUUGGGAGUGAUAGAAACCAGGAGUGUUUUCAGUUGGGGAAGAAGUUGGUUAGGUUGGCUUCUAGAAAAACGGCAAGGGAGCUGAGUUGCUGAGCACUGAAAGGGCUCAUUGGGCCUCCCUGCCUGGACUUGCUGAGUACCGUGGGAGCCGGUGGUACCCGGGAAGGACCACACUGGGCCCAGGGCCAGAGCCCUCAGGAUGAUUUUGUGUGUGUCCCUCAACCUUCCCAGCCCCCCGUGUCCUUUUCUUUGGAACCGCUGCAGCCCCUAGCCCAGCCCAGCCCAUCUGGUGCUCUCGGACCAAGCUGGGCCAAGGCUACAAAAAGCCAGUGGGUGCCUGGGUCCUGUCAUUCCACAAUGACAGAGCAUGUGCUGUCUCUCCCAAAGCAGCCCAUGCCAUCUCUUCAGAGGCUUGUUCAAAAUUAUAUUUUUCAUAAAGGUGAGGUAACGGUGGCCGACAGUCUGUCAUUCAACGUUGAUCGUGCUCCCUUCACGGGGCAGGCAUUGUUCCAGGUGCUUUAAUGAUUUAACUCAUUUAACUUUCCAUCAAGACUUUGAUGCAGGAGCUAUUAUUCUCCUCACAUCCCUGUUUAACAGAUGGGUAAACUGAAGCAUGAGAGGUUAAGCCAUUUCCCCAAUGUGAAGGAGCCAGGACUCCACAUGGAAGUCUCACCCCAGAGCCCCUCGCUGGACGCCCACCCUCUCCUGCCUCUCUGAGCCCCAGGAUCCCUCCCAUUCACCUGCAUUCCCACAAAGAAGUUACUGGCUUUCCCCACACACCCGUCUGCUCUCCCCCGUGGGCCCCCUCUUGGUCCUGCCCCUACACAGGAGCCAAGCCUCCUGGUCAAGGUGGGGGCUCAGCUGCCCUUAGCAGAGGCUGCCCCCUCUUCACCCGCACUCCGCACACCUGUUAACACAGCCUCAGGCUGUGAGGGCUUCUCACAUGAUGCAGCUCCCCGUCCCUGUAAGGGGUCUCACUUCCGCACUCCUCUGUCUACCCCACCCCACACAGCACAGCACAGCUCGACCAGCCAGUCACUAGACAUGCAGCAACUCGGCUCAAUUACACCUCCUUAGGGAGACCACCCUGGACUCCCCGGGCUCAGUCAGUCCUCGUUUGGCUCUUCCUACACGCCUUGCCUCGCUUCUUUGCAGCAAUCAUUUCACAUCCAUGGCUUAAAUGGCUUGAUGGUGUUUCUCGCUUUCUCACCAGCCUGGAUGCUCCAUGAAGUUAACGCCAGGCCUGUGUUCCCACACAUUGCAUCACCAGUGCCUAGCACAGAGCCUGGCACAAACUCAGUGCUCGGAUGUGUGUGCAUGAAUGAAAUACAUAUCCGAGGCCCUGCUCUGAGCCGGGUCCUAGGCUAGACGCCGAGAAUGUGGAGAGCAGACAGAGAUGCUGGUGAGGAGACAGCCAAGUAAACCAGCAGUGACAACGUAGGAUGAGGAAAUGCAGGAAGCUGUGGGGGCACUGAGAAAGGGUCCCAGACCCAACUAGAAGGACAGUAGGGCCAGGAGGAAUUCACCGGUGGGAGGGAGUGGGGGUGGGAGGGGUGGAGGACUCUGAAACUGGGCCGAACUAGUAAAUGAAGGGUGGAGGGUCUGUCUCCUCCUCCAGACCGCCUUGUCCCAAGGGCAAGGCCAGUGUCCUGAACUCCUGUCUACCCCUUGAGGCUUACAGGAGUGUUGGGUCUCUGCUGUGCAUUCAUGGAGCAUUUUAGGUGAUUGAUUUUCCUCCCCUCCUUGGAACACGGCUGGUCUGACGCACUCUUCAUUGUAUUAGUUGUGCCCUCUUCUCCCAGCCCUGCCUCCAGGUCCUUGCCCAAAGCAGCCUCAUCUUUUCCCACCUGGCUAUGCUCUCCCCUCCCCACCCACUCCACGGCUCCGUGUCCCUCACCUUCACGGUUCAGCCCACUCACCCAGCUCUGACCGUCUCAACGCGUGGGUGCCGGCAUGUACCCUCUUCACAUGAGAUUUGUUGAUUUCAUAACCAUAAAUAGAUAAAAUGUUCUGAAUAUCUCCCUGUGCAAGUAGAUUGGGGGAGUGAUCACAUAAUGAAAAGGCCUUGGGAGAAAGAAAACAGGCUGCCAAAGAAGCAGCUGAAGACUAGACAGCCACUGCACGGACCAGCUCUAUACAGCGAUUAAACUUCCACUCCACAGACUGGUGAACCCUAGGCCUGGGACUGGGGUGAUACUUGGGAAUCUGUUAGAGAACUUUUGUGUGGUUUCAAGCUCAUGGAUUCAAAAGAACAAUCUGGUAAAAAAAAAUAAUAAUAAUAAAAUGGAAAGAAAUAGAAAUCGGGGACCCUGGUUUCUGAUUCUGGAAUUAUUUCAUUCUAGCUGUGUGACCCUGGACAACUUAAUAAACCUCUCUGAGAAGGUGCAUAGAGAUUCUUCCCCGUGGUUAGACUGGACGCUCCGGGAGGCCCGAGUCCUCAUAAUACCAUGACUCUCUUCCCAUCGGGGCUUUCUGUCUUCCGGAAAAUACCUUAAUCACCAAAUAUGGGACACCCCCCCCUUCCCAAAAUGCAGUCUUGAGACUAGGGUUGAGGUAAGGAUGGAAUGGAGUACCCUGAUUUUUUGUUGCCAACUCCAACUUUGUUGCCAUGGCAGCAGGAUGUGGAGCAUCACUCCUGCAUGGGGAGGCUCCAUCUACCUAGCUACAAAGCCUAGCUUCUAGCCUAGUAAGGAGCCCAGCCCAUGAGGCUCCCCAAUCUCUCCUCCCCUAGUAGUGCAGGGACACUACUACUGCUUCUUGGCAUUUGGAAGAAUAAAGGGAGAUAAACUGACAGCUUGGUAUGCCCUGGGCCCAGAGAGCUUCUGGCUGAGAAAGAGAGAGACAAGUGGAGAUAUUCCUUGUAUGAAGUCAUCCUACCCUAAAAGUUGGAAAACUUGCUCUGCAGAGGGUCAGUCUGUAAAUAUAUUAGGCUUUUCAAGCCAUCUUGUCUCUGUUGUGACUGCUCAACUCUGCCAUUGUAGGGUGGAAACAGCCAUAGACAAUACAUAAACAAAUAGAUGUGGUUGUGUGUCAAUAAAACUUUAUUUACAAAAACACUCAGUGGGCCAGAUUUGGAAUGCUGGCCAGAGUUUGCAGACCCCUGCUGUACCCCAUAGUGCAAGAGAAAGAGCCUGGGCUGGGGGCAGGGAACUAGGCUUGAGACCCAGAACCACCAAUGACUUGCUGUGUGAAUUUGGGUAAGUCAGUAUCUAUCUCUGAUCCUCAGUUUCACCAUCUAUCAAGUUGCUAUGACAGUAUCAGCCAGAUUUGCCAUGAGAAUAGGUCUAACAGGUCAGAGCAAAUCUCAAGUCUUUCCAUCACUUCAAGUAGAGCUAACUCCCCUCCCAAGGCCAUACCCUUGCCUGCUAAGGGUGGCAGCAGCCUGCUGGAAGGAAGAGGUGUUUCUCUCUAGAGUCAGAUCCUUAGUCUGGCUUUCCAACCUCCAUCCUCAAGUGACCCCAUUUCUGUAGCAAGCCAAGCACAGGAGGAAACGAGGAAUCCCUUCUUUUCCACCAUCCAGUCAUUUGGCAGGAGGCUACAGUUCACUUGAGAAAGUGAUGUGGCUGCAGUGGCUGGUGGCCAGGCUUUAGAGGAGGCUUUUGAGAAGCAAGAGUUAGGAAAGGUGAGAUUCGGUGCUCCCCAGAUCAUUUAUCUAUGUAUCAGGGAAGCUGGGGUGCAUGGCAAGAAGACACAGUCGCGAUCUGGUGGUGACUCACAGCACCAUCAAUUGCAUUAAUGGAUGUUUCUCGAGCCAUCUUGUCUGCCUGUCUGGUCUGACCACCACUGAGAUCUCGUGUCCUUUGACAUCUUGUCAUAUGCUCUGAAGACCCAUAAAGUGAUUCUCUAUCCCCCCCACACACACACACACUCUCUCUCCUUCUCUCUCUCCCUCCCCUCCUCCCUUUCCUCUCUCUUUCUCCUUCUUGUAUCAUAAACACAUUUAUCCAGGGCAGGACAGAAUACACUGCAACAGUCCUCUGUCAAGAAAGAUCCUUGCCCCAAAUAUCCAGAAAAGCAGCCCUAACCAGGAGUCUCCAUACUGUUCUAGAGAAGCAGACGCCCCCCCCCCCCCUUCCCAUCACUUUCCAUCUCCCUCUCAGGAGGCCAUCCUCCCCAAAAUCUCUGGAAAAGAUACACCUUCUCUUUGAGAGUGGGUAAGGGGUGAUGUCUCUCCAGGUCCCCAAUAAAGCUAUGCAAGACAGGAGCAAGGGAUCUCACGGCCUGUUCUUGCUAUAAAAAGACCUUUUGCAGAAAAAAAUAAUAAAGAAAGAAAUCAGCCAAUCCGUCCUCAAUGCCAUCACCUCUUCUUGGUGAUUUUUCGGGGAAGGAGUGGGCGGGUUGCCAUGGCAACAGAUGCAAAGAGCUUGUCUCAGUAAAGAAGGGACCUUGAUAUUUUUUUCUCUUCUCAUUCUCUCUCUCAGUUGUGUGUGUAUGUGUGUGUGUGCGCGCUGCGCAUGCCUGUGCCCACACCAGGAAUUUUUUUUUAGAACUAAAGAAAGCCCUUCUCUUCCCUCAGCGCCCCAAAUAUGGAGCGAUGGAAAACCACUUACUCCUGCAGGCCAGGGAGGAUUCAGGAUAAUUCAAGAGAAAAGGGAGAGGUCAUAUGGGGCUCACUUCCUCCAUCUUUUUACUAGAGAUUGCAUGCAACACACACUUUCACAAAUGGUUGGGGGCCAAGAGUCGGAAAGAAAGGAAGAUGCUGGGUGGGGAGAGGUGAGUAAGGGAUAGGUGGUGUAAGAGCCCAACAAGUGAUAUCAGAGAGGGCAACAGAAGAUGCAUUGAGGCUGGGGAUGCAUGCAAAUUCACAUUCUCCAUUGGAUGCUGAGAAUAAAAGGCACAGAGCAGACUCACAUAUGGACACGGACACACACACAGACAAGGAGGCACAGAAAGCUGCAAACACAUGAACACAUACAGACACAAACAUGGAACUACCCAUAACGCAGGAAAUGGUAGACAUUUUUUUUUUACAAAGGCAGACAUAGAUGCAGGCAAAUGCAUAAAUACACAGGGACACAAACACAAAGUUACAUGCAGACAGACACAGACAUACAAAUAUAGUCACAGUCAAAUGGACAGACAGACACAUGCACACCCUCAGUCUGGCUCCCUCCCAUCAAUUGCCCAUGCAUCCUUAAACGGCACUGCAUAGCUGGGAAUACUGCAGGCUCACCCAGUGGGUUUAGCUGCACCCCCCCUUCCUUCUACACAUUCACCCCAAAGCCCCUCUUGAAUCAAAUCGCUUCUUGCCCACUUUCCCAUAGAUGAUGGGCUCUGAUACCUCCCCCAUCUCAAGCUUCCAAUUCUUAGCCUGUUCUGUUCUGCUGCUGCUGCCUGCCGAUUCGGGGGGGAGAAUGGGGUGACUCAGCCAGGCCGGGAUGACUCACACUGCCAGUAUUUUUAGCAGCGGCCAGGAGCUCUCUAGCGUGCCAGCCGCCCCCCUCCUCCUGCUUGCUAUUUUGGAACCGUCACUGGUGAUAUAAAUAGCUCCUCUCCCACGGCCUGAAGCUGCUGCCAAGCUAUUUUUGGUUCUGCACAGUUAAAAAUAGCUUCACGGAGGUGGGAAGCAAGGGGAGUGGGAGCUGGCCUAGGGAGAGGAGACAUUGGGGCAUAUAGAGCUUCUCAACUUGAAUUAGAGUGGGUGAACUAGGAUAAGCCCUUAUCUUCCCCCUCCCCUGUCCCUUUCUAGACCCUUCUUUCUUUCCAGAAGGCCUUCCCCCCCAGCCCAUUCUGGAAAAAUGCAAGGAUUCUUCCCUUGGCCAGUUCUCCUCGCAUGCUUAUUUUACUCCUCGAGCUCAGACCCCUUGGGCCCCUAAGGCCCCCUCCCAUAUUCAUCCUCAGAGGAGAAGGGGACAGCUAACGGGGGCCUCACUCUGAAGCCUGUGUGGACUCACGCUCUCUUUUGAUGUCCAGGUAGACUAUGGCCAAAUGACUUCAGGGAUUUUUUUUUUUUCCCCAGAACCAUGGACAGUGGUCAACGCCCCAUUCUUUCACUGCAGCUCUGUUCACCUUACUGGAGACUGGCUGCAUCCAACCAACAAAUAGUUCUUAUCAUAGAGAGGGACACUAAGUCUGUCUCCCACCCAAGGCUAAAGCAUCAGUGGGUGAAGAAAAUAGGAAUACUUCCCUGGAUUUUCAUACAAGGAUGGGGUCCAAAGAUCAAGCGCUUGAGGUCAAGGGGUCCAAAGGUCAGAAGCUAGAGGGAUGGAUACAUCAGGGGUCAGAUGGAGAUGAAAGAGGAACAGAGAUAUGCUUCCUGAAGGAACCAUUUCUCUAAAAUCCAGAUAAAUAGGGUUAGAGAGAGUGGCAGACAGCCAGCCCCCCCCCCUUCAUCUCAGCUGUACCACUGAACACAGGAUAGUCGACGGAGAUGGCCCAACCUUUGCCAAAAUGGCACAAGAGGUCAGGAUCAGAUGCCCAGACACCCUUCUCCUCGGCCGUCUCCUGCUCCCACUCUGCCACUCUUGCUACCACCCUUUCCCGUGGGAAUGAGGGGGUUCUUUGACCCCAAGUUUUGCUUCUUGGUGUCAAAGUUUACCCCCACCCUUCCUAUGUGACUUCCUACAAUCAAUCCAGUCCCUCUCCCGCCAUUUUUAAGCGGUCUCACUUCCAGCCUCUCAAGUGAUUUCACACAGAUCCCUACCCCACCAAAUAAGAUUUCACAUAAAAUGUCCCCUAGCCCAGAUGUGAUGCGGGGGGAAAGAAAGGCACCCCUCAGCCCCUGUAGGGAGCCAUCAUCCGUGCUGAAAAGAGAAAAAAGAAAGAAGGAGAGAGGGCAAAGGUGACAUGAUAUGGACACAAAACUGAUGGAGAUUGGAAGAGUCUCUGGAGAGCAGAAGGGGAACAUUUUUCUGCGGUGGGGGGAGGGGGGAGAGGGCGCACAAAGGUAAGACAGACCACCCAGCAGGCAAUGAGAUCUGAAACUAGUCGGGGCUGUGGAAGGAGGAUGUGGAGAGCUGAAGGUUAGGAGACAGAACGAGGCGUCUUAGCGCCGAGGAUGGGGAGGGGGUUGCAGGGGGGUACGGAGGACAGCCUGACGGAGCCAAGGGGUCCUUGACAGAUGCGGGAUCUCGGCGGGUCCAGCACGGCCCCCUCUUUUCUAUGCUGCUUCCUCAUCUUCCCCGCCGGAGACGGGGGGAGCCCUCCGGAGCGGUGCGGAGGCAGGCAGGCCCCGCCCGCCGCCGCCGCGGCAGCCGCCGGAGGAUUCCUGUCCUAAUAUGGAGCUGGGAUUCCCCCGGCCCCGCCCCCGCCCCCGGCCCGCCGGGAGACCGAGGCUUGCAGUCGGGCGGGGGGAACCGCUCGCUUUGGGGCUGGCAACGGGGUGGGGGAAGGGAUAUCUAGAUGCAGACCCAGAUCCUCACCGUGCCCUGGGACCCUGCCUCAGUUUCCCCCGUUAGUGGCUGCAGUUAAUUAGUUGACAGGGGAACAGAGAAUCACUGCAGACUCCAGCGUUGGUGUUGGUGUUCCUAUUCUUGGCUGUGGGAAAAUGGAACCAAGGCCAAAUUCAGCUGGUCCUUCUCUCUCAGGAACCCCUUUCCACCCCACCCUGGAGACUUAGACUUCCAUAUAAUGCCCCUUGCUAAAUGCCAAGCCCGGGUUUGGAAAGCGGGGAAGGGGGGGGGGGGGAGGGGGAGGAGAUUUGUUCUUUGAAAGUGACUAAGGGAAUCCCAGAUUGAGUAAUCCCUAGAGAGAAACCCCAGCUGCGACCUCUCCCUCAGAGGCCAAGGAGGGUCCUUCUUUUCCUCCCCAUGUGAACAUGACCUUUGCCUGGCAAAUAGCAAGGAAGAAUUUGUAGACUACCCUCCCCCUCCCCCAUUUCCUUAUCUCCUUAGAAAAAUCCCUGUUGGAACCAACCCCUCCCUCCUCUCUACAGACUCUCCUGCCAGGGGCUUCAGACCGCCUUAACCCUUGCCCUGUCCCUUCCCUCAGCUGAACACAUUCGGACCCCUGGGUCCCUGCACCCUCUUUCAGGCCUUCCUAAUGCAGCGCCCGUUUCUCGGUUCAGCUGCCGCCAGCCGCGGCCCCCUCCGCAGCCUCAGUUCUCCCCCUCCCCCCGUCCCCCCUCCCGCUCUCAUUCUACGUCAUGGGAUGACGUCGGGAGCCCGGGAGGGAGGAGGAGCGCUCCCCCCUCCCCAGCCAGUGGCUCCCGCUGCAGCUUGCUUAGCCCAGCCUCCUGCUUUCCCGCCCCCCCCUUUCUGUAAAGCGAGCCCCCCACGCCUAGCAGGAGCUAUAUAAGGCGGAACGAGGCAGUCGAGGGGGGCAGCGCAGCCGAGCGGAGCCCAGGAGAGGAGAGACAGAGAGAGAGAGAGCCUGAGCGAGAGACGGGGAAGCAAGGAGGAAGAAGCCACCGGUGCGUCGGGACGGGAACGCAGGUGUUCGGAGCACCCGAGCUGGAGCCCUGCAGCCGCUAGUCAUGUACCGCUCCACCAAGGGCGCCUCCAAGGCGCGCCGCGACCAGAUCAACGCUGAGAUCCGGAACCUCAAGGAGCUCCUGCCUCUAGCUGAAGCGGACAAGGUCCGGCUCUCCUACCUGCACAUUAUGAGUCUUGCUUGCAUCUACACUCGCAAGGGCGUCUUCUUCGCUGGAGGCACUCCUCUGGCGGGCCCCACAGGGCUUCUCUCAUCUCAAGAGCUUGAAGACAUAGUGGCGGCACUACCUGGAUUUCUACUUGUGUUCACAGCUGAGGGGAAGCUGCUAUAUCUGUCUGAGAGUGUGAGCGAACAUCUGGGCCACUCCAUGGUGGACCUCGUUGCCCAGGGUGACAGUAUCUACGACAUCAUUGACCCAGCUGACCACCUAACUGUGCGCCAGCAACUCACCCUGCCCUCUGCCCUGGACACCGAUCGCCUCUUCCGCUGCCGCUUCAACACUUCCAAGUCCCUCAGGCGCCAGAGUGCAGGCAACAAACUGGUGCUUAUCCGAGGCCGAUUCCAUGCUCAUCCACCUGGAGCCUACUGGGCAGGAAACCCUGUUUUCACGGCUUUCUGUGCUCCACUGGAGCCAAGACCUCGCCCUGGUCCUGGCCCUGGCCCUGCCUCACUCUUCCUGGCCAUGUUCCAGAGCCGUCAUGCUAAGGACCUGGCCCUACUGGACAUCUCUGAGAGUGUCCUAAUCUACCUGGGCUUUGAGCGCAGUGAACUGCUCUGUAAAUCAUGGUAUGGACUGCUGCACCCCGAGGACCUGGCCCACGCUUCUGCUCAACACUACCGCCUGUUGGCUGAGAGUGGAGAUAUUCAGGCAGAGAUGGUGGUGAGACUGCAGGCCAAGCCUGGAGGCUGGGCAUGGAUUUAUUGCCUGUUAUACUCAGAAGGUCCAGAGGGCCCCAUUACUGCUAAUAACUACCCAAUCAGUGACACAGAAGCCUGGAGCCUCCGCCAGCAGCUGAACUCUGAAAACACCCAGGCAGCCUAUGUUCUGGGCACCCCAGCCAUGCUGCCCUCAUUCCCAGAGAACAUCCUCUCUCAAGAGCAGUGUUCCAGCCCCAACCCACUCUUCCCCCCAGCCUUGGGAGCUCCCAGAAGCACCAGUUUCCCUAGUGCUCCAGACCUGGGUGCUGCCUCAACAUCAGAAGAGCUUCCUCAAUCCCAAAAAGAGUUGGGCUUUAGUUACCUGGCAUUCCCGUCUGGCCCUGAGCCUUCUCUUCAAGCAGACCUGAGCAAGGAUCUUGUGUGCACUCCACCCUACACACCCCACCAGCCAGGAGGCUGUGCCUUCCUCUUCAGCCUCCACGAGCCCUUCCAGACCCACUUGUCCACUCCAUCCAGCUCUCUCCAAGAACAGCUGACUCCAAGCACUGCCACCUUUUCUGAUCAACUGACUCCAAGCAGUGCAACCUUCCCAGAUCCACUGAUGAGCCCACUUCAAGGCCAGAUGACCGAAAGCUCAGCCAGAAGCUAUGAAGAUCAAUUGACUCCCUGCACCUCUGCCUUCCCAGACCAGCUGCUUCCCAGCACUGCCACCUUCCCAGAGCCUCUGGGCAGUCCUGCCCAUGAACAACUGACUCCUCCCAGCACAGCAUUCCAAGCACACCUCAACAGCCCCAGCCAAACCUUCCCAGAACAACUGAGCCCCAAUCCCACCAAGACUUACUUCACCCAGGAGGGAUGCAGUUUUCUCUAUGAGAAGUUGCCCCCAAGUCCUAGCAGCCCUGGUAAUGGGGACUGCACGCUCCUGGCCCUAGCCCAGCUGCGGGGCCCCCUCUCUGUGGAUGUCCCUCUGGUACCCGAAGGCCUGCUUACACCUGAAGCCUCUCCAGUCAAGCAGAGUUUCUUCCACUACUCUGAGAAGGAGCAGAAUGAGAUAGACCGCCUCAUCCAGCAGAUCAGCCAGUUGGCUCAGGGCAUGGACAGGCCCUUCUCAGCUGAGGCUGGCACGGGCGGGCUAGAGCCACUUGGAGGUCUGGAGCCCCUAGACUCCAACCUGUCCCUGCCGGGGGCUGGUCCCCCUGUGCUCAGCCUGGACCUGAAACCCUGGAAAUGCCAGGAGCUGGAUUUCCUGGCUGACCCUGAUAACAUAUUCCUGGAAGAGACGCCCGUGGAAGACAUAUUCAUGGAUCUCUCUACCCCAGACCCCAAUGGGGAAUGGAGUUCAGGGGAUCCUGAGGCAGCGGUCCCAGGAGGGGCCUCAUCGCCUUGCAACAACCUGUCCCCAGAAGACCACAGCUUCCUGGAGGACCUGGCCACAUAUGAAACCGCCUUUGAGACAGGUGUCUCAGCAUUCCCCUACGAUGGGUUUACUGAUGAGUUGCAUCAACUCCAGAGCCAAGUUCAAGACAGCUUCCAUGAAGAUGGAAGUGGAGGGGAACCAACGUUUUGAAUAAGUCUGUGACUUAACGUCGUCAAGUAUGGCAUAUUGUCAUCAAGACGUGGAGCCGCUCUCCACCCCCCCCGGGACAGUUGGGGGGAUUCUGGGGGCCAGAG